AUGUUUGUAACUGCCGGUUAUGCCACUGUGCCCAACUCAUACCGAGUGGCCAAUAAUAAAGCAAUAGACUCAAAAAUUAUUGGUGGCCACGAUGCUUACCCCGGUGAUGACCCACACAUGUGCUCAUUAAGGUUAGACAAUGAGCACUCGUGCGGUGCCUCAAUCAUUGGGUCUCAAUGGGUAGUAACCGCUGCCCAUUGUAUUUACGCAACUGAACCAGCUAGAUUGUCAUUACGAUGCGGCACUUUAUUACGCGAGGGACCUGGCUUGAAUUUUACAAUCAACUCGACCGUUUGUCACGAAAAAUUCAACUAUGACACUAAGGAUUAUGACAUAGGGUUAAUACAAGUGGUGGGCGAUAUACCAAUAGGUUCAGGUGUAAUGGAUACGAUAGGGUUGCCACCGCAAGACCUUGAUAUUGUACCGGCUGGCAUUAUGACCACGGUGACCGGUUGGGGUUAUAUGAGCAAUGCGGGUGAAUUGGCCAAUAAAUUACAGACACUGGAUUUGCCAAUGGUCGAUAGGACCACGUGCAUUACUGACUACCGAGAUGGUGGUUUUGUGAUCACGGAUUAUAUGUUUUGCGCUGGAGACGAAGUAAAUAAUAAAGAUACGUGCAAUUAUGAUUCCGGCGGACCAUUAAAAUAUAAAAACACCUUGGUGGGUAUUGUAUCGUGGGGUAUGGGCUGCUCAGUACCUCACUAUCCCGUAAUAAUAUGCUUAAUCGCCGGUUACGGAGCGGUACCGGCUGUGCGGACUCGAGUGGGCAUUAUUGGUGGCACUGAUGCCAAACCGGGGGAUAACCCGCACAUGUGUUCACUGAGAAUAGAUGGCGGCCAUCAGUGCGGGGCCUCAAUCAUUGGCACUCAAUGGGUAGUCACCGCCGCCCACUGUGUCGCUGAAGGUGGACUAGUAAAACCGACACAAUUACUGUUACGGUGCGGAACUUUAUUACGCGAAAAGCCGGGCCAGGUGUUACCCCAUGAAAAGUAUGACAGGGCUAAAACAGAUUAUGAUAUUGCCUUGUUGAAAGUGGUUGGUGAAAUUAAACUAGGAACGCCGACCAUGGACAAAAUAGCGCUGCCCGCGCAAGACAUUGACCUGGCACCUGAUGGUGCGAUGACCACGGUAACCGGUUGGGGUCUAAACGGAGCAGGAGUGUUACCAGAGAAGUUACAAACACUGGACAUACCUGUGGUUGAUAGGGCCACUUGUAUUAAAGAUUACAGUAAAUCAUCUAUAUCGGAUUUUAUGUUUUGCGCUGGUUAUGACGAGGGUAAAAGGGACUCAUGUAGUGCUGACUCAGGCGGUCCAUUAAAAUAUAAAAACACCUUGGUGGGUGUUGUGUCGUGGGGCGCCGGUUGCGCCGAACCUCAUCAUCCAGGAAUAAAACACAUAAUCAUAAUAUGUUUAAUCGCCGUGUAUGGCGCUCUACCGGCUGUGCGUAAUCCAUACCGAGUGGCCAAUAAUGUGCGGACCCGAGUGGGCAUUAUUAGUGGCAUUGAUGCAAAACCCGGUGAUAACCCACACAUGUGUUCGCUCAGGAUUAAUGGCUCCCAUCAGUGCGGGGCCUCAAUCAUAGGUUCCCAAUGGGUGGUCACCGCUGCCCACUGUUUAGUUCUAUUAGAUGUGAAACCAACAGAGUUAUUAUUACGAUGCGGCACAUUAUUACGCGAACAGCCCGGCACUGAUUUCAAUAUCAGCCAGAUAAUAUCGCAUGAAAAGUAUGACGAUCCAAAUUAUGACAUAGCCCUAUUGAAAGUGGUUGGUGAGAUUAAGCUUGGUACAUCCGCCAUAGACAAAAUAGCGCUACCCUCGCAAGAUGUUGACCUAGCACCUGCCGGUGCGAUUACCACGGUGACCGGGUGGGGACAGAAUGCAACAGGUUAUUUAUCAGAAAAGUUACAGACAUUGGAUGGACCGGUGGUCGAUAGGGAGACCUGUAUUAACGACUACAAAGACUUUGAUGCUAACGGUGUGUACCGGAUAUCAGAUUACAUGUUUUGCGCCGGUUAUGAUGAUGGUAAAAAUAAUUCGUGUCAUGCGUUGUGUCAUGGGGCCCAGGAGACUGCACCGAACCUCACUAUCCAAGCGUUUAUACACGGGUUGGAAAUUAUAAUAUGUUUAAUGGUCUGUUGCGGAGCCGUAUCGGCACGAGUGCUGACCCGAGUGGGCAUUAUUGGCGGCACUGACGCAAAACCCGGUGAUAACCCGCACAUGUGUUCGCUCAGAUUUAAUGGCACCCAUCAGUGCGGGGCCUCAAUCAUAGGCAACCAAUGGGUGGUCACCGCUGGUCACUGUGUCGUA